AUGGAGCUGAUGUGGCUGUACUCGGUGUGUCAGUGUGUGCUGUACAUGUCUGUGAUUGGGGUGAGUGUGCGGAUGUGUGUGGGUAAGGGUCAGAGGAGCGGGGCUGGGGACGGUGGCAGCGUUUCGGAUUGCCUGCGGAUGUGCCUGGGCUGGGCGGGGGCCGUGGGGGGUGUGGUGGCCAUCCCAGUCUCGGUCCUGCUCAACCUGAGGAGCCCACAGUGCCUGUACACCUGCCUCACCAUGGUGUGCUGCCCCCUGCUGGUCAGACAGUUCACCAUGUUCUUGUUGCUGCUGCUGACCAUCAACUCACACCUCCAGUACAAGCUGGGAGAGAGGUACGCGGUGUUGGUGAGCGGCCCGCGGGCCCUGCUGGCGGUCCUGUUCAGCUGGGUGGGUUCUGUCCUCACCGCCUUCGCUCAGUUCCUCAGCUGGAAUGUUCUAGACACCUGGGGCCAAUCCCCGGGAGGGGGCACGGCCGGGCUGGGGCUGGGGGGAGCGCCGGGCCCCAACUGGACCACCCCUUUUCCACCGCCCAAAUACCCAGGCCCGCAAGACCGUUCCAUCAUCGGGCAAUACCUCCCCUAUGGUGGCUUCCUGUCCAAGUUCUACGUGGAGGACCAGCACAACUUCACGUAUGCCCAAAUCCACGGCAGGCAUUGGGGCGUGUGCGCCCUGGACACUGUGCUGAGCCCCGACUUCCUGGUCUAUGUCUACAGUGUCACCGCGUUUCUCCUCCCCCUGCUGGUCCUGCUUGCACUCUACCUGGACCUGCUUUGCAUGGCGCCCAAGCUGGCCCCAGACCUGUCCCAGGGCCCGAAGAGUCAAGUGGCUCGGUCCCGCUCCCUGGCACUGUCCCUGUGUCUCCUGGUGCUCCUCUGCCUCCCUCUCCACACCUCCAACGCCCUCCUGCUCUUCUCGCCCGGGACCCUGCAGCCCCCCUGGGUCCCCGGCCUCGCCUCCCUCCUCUUUCAGCUCUACGGCCUGGUUCCUCCUCUUCUCCACACCUCCUCCCUCCAUCGGGACCAUGCCCUCCACACACCCCGCCCGCCGCCUCCCUCUUCCCCUCCUCUGUCUGUUUCCCCGGGGAAGCAUUUUGCCGUGGCGCUGUGCUCAGACGCACGGCCCUGCGGCAUCUGUUGCCCUCCCUGGGGAGUGAGCAAAGUGAAAGUAUGCCCAGAAGUGUAA